AUGCCGGAUCACAUCUCAGUGUGUGAGUUCCUGUCGGAGACCACCGAGGACUACAACUCCCCCACGACGUCCAGCUUCACCACCCGGCUGCAGAGCUGCAGGAACACCGUCAGCAUCCUGGAGGAGGCUCUGGACCAGGACCGCUCUGCUCUGCAGAAGGUGAAGAAGUGCGUUAAAUCCAUUUGCAGCUCAGGACAAGAGCAUGCUGGGAACCAGGAGAGCUUCAGUCAGGCUCUGGAGAGACUGGGAGGAAACAACUCUGAACUGGGAGCAGCCUUCGUUAAGUUCUCCUGCCUCGUUAAAGAACUCGCAGCUCUUCUCAAGAACCUGCUGCAGAGUUUGAGUCAUAACGUCGUCUUCACUCUGGACUCGCUCUUAAAGGGAGAUCUGAAAGGAGUUAAAGGGGAUCUGAAGAAACCUUUUGAUAAAGCCUGGAAGGACUACGAGACCAAGUUCACAAAGAUCGAGAAAGAGAAGAGAGAGCACGCUAAACAACACGGGAUGAUCCGAACCGAAAUCACUGGAGCUGAAAUUGCUGAAGAGAUGGAGAAAGAGAGGAGGCUGUUCCAGCUGCAGAUGUGUGAGUAUCUGAUUAAAGUCAAUGAGAUUAAAACCAGGAAGGGAGUGGACCUGCUGCAGAACCUCAUCAAGUAUUACCACGCUCAGUGCAAUUUUUUUCAGGAUGGCUUGAAGACAGCCGAUAAGCUGAAGCAGUACAUCGAGAAACUGGCUGCCGACCUGUUCAAUGUCAAACAGAGUCAGGAUGACGAGAAGAAGCAGCUGACGUCUCUCAGAGAUCUCAUCAAGAGCUCCUUACAGCUGGACCAGAGGGAGUCCAGGAGAGACUCUCAGAGUAAGCAGAGCGGUUACAGUAUGCACCAGCUGCAGGGAAACAAGGAGUUUGGCAGCGAGAAGAAAGGAUACCUGCUGAAAAAGAGUGACGGGUUGAGGAAGGUCUGGCAGCGAAGGAAGUGUUCAGUGAAGAGCGGCGUCCUCACUAUGUCCCAUGCGACAUCCAACAGACAGCCUGUCAGAUUGAACCUGCUCACCUGUCAGGUGAAGCCCAGCACAGAGGACAAGAAAUGCUUUGACCUCAUCUCUCAUAACCGGACGUAUCACUUCCAGGCUGAAGAUGAGGCGGAGUUUGUCAGCUGGGUGUCUGUGCUGACCAAUAGUAAGGAGGAGGCCCUGAACAUGGCGUUUAAAGGUGAAGGUCAGAGUUCAGGUGUGGAGGAGGAGGAGCUCACCAAGAACAUCAUUGAAGAGGUGCUUCAGUUGGCCGGCAACGACACCUGCUGUGACUGUGGAACCGCAGAUCCUCGCUGGAUCUCCACAAACCUGGGUAUUUUGACCUGCAUUGAGUGUUCAGGAAUCCACAGAGAGAUGGGAGUCCAUGUAUCCAGAAUCCAGAGUCUGGAGCUAGACAAACUGGGAACAUCAGAGCUGCUGCUUGCUAGGAAUGUUGGAAACUGUAGUUUCAAUGACAUCAUGGAGGCCAGCCUUCCAUUUCUGUCUCUGAAGCCAACAGCCUCCAGCAACAUGACGGCAAGGAAGGAGUUCAUCAAUGCCAAGUAUAUCGGCCGCAAGUUCAUCAGGCGUACCAUCUCCAUGACAACCAGCAGUCUGGAUGAGGUGUAUGAAGCAGUGCAGUCCAGAGACCUGCUGUCAAUCAUCCAGCUGUUUGCUGAGGGGGUGGAGCUGCUCCUGCCCCUCCCUGAACCAGUCAAGGAAGAAGGAGAGACAGCUUUACAUUAUUGUGCUCGGACAGCUGAUCACUCCUCUCUUCAUCUGGUCGACUUCCUCGUCCAGAACAGUGGUAACCUGGAUGGACAGACGGAGGGAGGAAACACCGCUCUGCAUUACUGCUGUCUGUACAACAAGCCACAGUGUGUAAAACUGCUGCUGAGAGGAAAACCUGACAUCCACAUCACCAAUCAGAGUGGAGAGACAGCGCUGGACAUUGCCCGUAGACAGAAGAACUCCCAAUGUGAAGAACUGUUGGUGGAGGCAGUUUCUGGCAGGUUUAACCCUCAUGUUCAUGUUGAAUAUGACUGGAACCUCAGACUGGAUGAACUGGAUGAGAGCGACGAUGAACUGGAUGACAAGCCCAGUCCAGUGAAGAAAGAGCGUUCUCUCCGUCCUCAGAGUUUCUGUCCCUCCUCCAGUGUUUCCUCUCAGGAGAAGCUUUCUUUGCCGGUCUCCUUUGUUCCUCCUCACAAGGACAGACAGCGUCUCUCCUAUGGGGCAUUUGCCAACCCCGUGUACAGUACCUCCUCUGACAAUCCUCAGUCCCCUGGGCCCGACACCUCAGGACCUUCACAAGCUGCCGGGAGCCAAGGGAAAGGCCCCGGCACUACACCCCCCACAUCCCUCCCCCUCACUUCUCAGAUCAGUGGAGGAGGAAGCUGGACUUCAGGAGGGGGAAACUUGACCCUGAAGAAGAGGCCCCCUCCCCCUCCACCUGGACACAAGCGCACCCUGUCUGACCCCCCCAGCCCAGUCAUGCAGGGACCUGCAGGUAAGGGAAGUGAGUUGAUGCCUCCACCUGGAAACAGGACCAACAGAUUUGAAAGAAUCCAGCAGCAGCAGAGUACGACCCCCAGUAUCACCAAGUCCACACUGGGACCCAGAGUUCUACCCAAACUACCUCAGAAAGUGGCUUUAAGGAAGAUUGACAUCAUCCACCUCCCCUCUGUGGACAAACCCAGUCAGCCUCCAGAACUCCUUAAUCAACCUUCCUCUUCCUCCUCCUCUCAGCCUGACCCCCAGAAGUCUCCUCCCUUCAUUGAUGCCUCCCCCAAACCCUCCCUCACCCCAGUGGACUCCACUCAGAGAGACCCAUUGACUGACAAGCUCCAGCAGUUUGACCUACCACCCAAACCUCACCAGUCUGACCUCCCCCCAAAACCUCUCUUCAAAGAUCUUCCUCCCAAACCCCAGAUCACAGACCUACCACCCAAACCGCCACUCAGCGACAGGCCUGGCCCCGCCCCUGCUGCUAUGGAGAUCCAGGGAUCCAAGAUGGUGAUGGCGGUGGCAGAGGGCCCAUCUGUCCUGCAGGAAGAGCUGUCACCUCAGCUGGCAGCUGAAGAUGUUACCGAUAAGUCACCGCUGGAGAUGCCCAUUCCUCUGCCUCGCAAAAUCAACUCUGUGAGGGUGAAGAAUAAAAUCAGGCGGGUGAAAACCAUCUACGACUGUCAGGCUGAUAAUGACGAUGAACUGACAUUCGAUGAGGGAGAAGUCAUCAUUGUCACUGGAGAGGAGGACCAGGAGUGGUGGAUUGGACACAUUGAGGGACAGCCGGAGAGGAAAGGCGUCUUCCCCAUGUCCUUCGUUCACAACCUCUGUGAUUGA